GCGAGCGAGGAUGAAUAUUCCAUCGUCGCUGUAGGGGUGACGACCGUCUGCUGACGUCAUUCGAAUUCCCGGCGCCUCCGCGAAGGCGAACUGACGUCAUCGGGGGUAGAUUCGGGACUCCGGGGGGUGGAGGCGAGGAGCCAAUAACGGGCACGUGCGGUUUGCGCGAGCCCGCGUGGCGCCCGAGACGUUCGACGUCUCGGGAUUCCGCGGCGUGGAGACGGUGACGGGUCCUGGAGAUGAAGGAUAACGACGAUAUUUUUGCGAGCCGCUCGAUUCCUCAUACGGACGCUCGAUUGCGUGUAAUUGUAACGCCCCACCGACUGUCCGUAGAUUCCGUUGCAGCUAUGACGACCUGCGGCCAGGCGUUGACUCCUCGGUAUACCUUCCGCAUCGAUUUAACUCCGGAACGACCGUGGUGUCUUCUUCGUUUUUUCAACGUCAAACCGUACAUGCUGGGAUAAUUCAAAACUAAUCCGUAGUAUUAUCGACCCCGUGCGCCGUAUACCUGUAGCUAUGUAAAUCCGUACGACUGCACUACACCGCGAUUUCCAACGCGAACGUCGCUCAAGAUUUUCAAUUCUAUUUUCCGAAACGAAUGGAAAUUUUGACAGGUCCCAAGAUAAAACGAAGGCUCGAUUUUCCUAGUUUUCGGAAAAAAGAGACGAUCGGGAUCGGCUCGUUUUGAAAAUCGGCCUUAUUCCUUUUCUCGGACACCCUGUACGAUGUAAUUUUGUUGGAUUUUCUCGACUCGCCCGAGUCAGUCGAUGCAUCGAUUUGUUAUACGUACAUACGUACCUAUACAUGUAUGUACAGGCGUACCUAUAUACACCUGUGUACGUAACAUCUAGACGUAACGUGAUUGAAAUCUUAGAGCUAUACGUGCGAAAGCAGAGCGUAUUGUUACGGUUAUGAAGAGAGCGAUACGUUAUCGCCAUUGACGCACGAACUGCAAUCUUUUGCGCGAACGGUAAAUAUUCCCAGCUCUCGUCUAUUUUCCCUCUAUCGUGAACGGAGCUAGCGGGGGAUCAUUUCGAAGACGUCGUCGAUAGUCGGAAGCCUUGUACACACGACAUAGGUAUACAUGUACAUACAUACAUACAUACCUACACGGUCGGAGCAGUCACCUGUUAAUUUAUCGCAACGGAAUCGCGACGAUUGAUAAUAAAUUUCUUUGACGUUUAACGUGUCAUAAAAACGCCGCUGUAAUCGCGUUGAAUUUAUUGGAAGAAGUUCGCGAUGACGCUGGUGAAAUUCAUCCGAGUUUCAACAUUGUAAAAUUCGGCUGUCUCGAGGAAUUGAGAUAGGAGAAUCAGUGGAAGACGAAUCAGAGCAAACCGAACGGGGUUUGACCGUCGUCUGGUUGUUUGGCGCGUGCCGGACCCGCACGCAUCGGAGACGCUUCGGAAUUCCGAAAAGAAUUUCGCCCGACUAUUCGCGGCACGCGGUCGGAGUUCGUGCCGCGCGAUGCUUCGGAUCGUUUCGACGUGCCGAAGAAAAGUGAAACGAGUAGGUCGGUACUGCGGAAGGAACGAAAGCACGCGGAUAACGAAGCGACGAAUUCGCAACGAUCGGAUCGUAGUUACACGGGCGAGACUAGGGGUCAUCGUAACGCGAAAACGCGCCGCUUCUCUAUACCCGCCGAUGACCUCGACGUUGCAGGGUCGAGAUUUUAAAGAGAAACGUUUACGCCGAGGUCCGAUUUAUGCGGCUCGCCGCUACCGAAGCGUUCUCUCAACGCCGGGUUAAAUGAGGCUCGAGAACCGGGGAACUUGAAAAUUGACGAGAGAAAAAAAAUACACACGGCGUCUUCACUACGUACACAACGUAAUUAUCGCUGCACACGCGGUUCGUCUCGUUCGUAGAACGGCCGAUGACCGGCACCUAGCGACCUAACGACCGAGCGAAUCCCAAUCCUCCUCGGAUUUGGAAUUUCGGUCCCGGGGACCUUCGGGGCAUUGAUAUCGUAUCGCGGUUCGUUAAGUCCUUCUUCUCGAUUGCAUGUACCUACGUAUAUACAUGUAUCUUCGACGUUCACAUUUGGCGACGCCUCGGGUUCGCGUAGGGGCGUCGCGACGCUCGGGGCAUUCGUACGCCCUGCUGCCUCAGUGGUCGAAGUCAGUCCGUGGGAGACGACGUCUCUUGGUGCGUCGUCCGACGUUACGGCUCCGCGGUCUAUCGUUCGAUCAGAUUUUACGAAACGACGUUGCUGCAGCUCGUUCGUAAUUGUAGCGCGCGCGCGAAAACUAUUUUUGUACAAAGGAACGUCUGAUUUUCGAAGAGAACGGAGAAACGUGUACGUGAAAUACCGGCUACUUCGAUAAUCCGGGGGCAAGACGAACGCGAAUUUACUUUUUUUCUCUUCCACGCUUAAUCGCCGGCGUACAACGACCGUAGACGACAACUUUUACGUGCGAACGUUACACUGGUUUACGUGUAUGUUUUAUUGAAAUCGAAUAACGGAUGAGCGACUUUUUCGAUAAUCACCGUUGAAAAGUACAGCAGAACUGCAGUGACUGACUACGAGGACGAUAAUUGUCUUGUGAUUUGAACGAUCGAUCAAAAGACUCCGGGGGUGUCGCUUUCCGAGUUUUGCUAAUGGUCAAAGGUUGACCACGGCCACGACUAGGUACUUAUGGUACUGCUUCGUUUUACUCGAAUCUUAGCAAAAAAAAUCUAAGAAGACGAGAUUACCUUCGAGUCAAUCCGGAUUGCAAACGCAUUAAUCCAAUCAACGAGACUACCUGCGCUACGAAACUAUCUUAUGCCGGUCCUUUUGACCGAUAAGCUUCACGCGCGAUGCAGAAUCAAAAUCAACCCGAAAAGCCUUUCGUUCCAGGUAUGCUGCCGGACAUAGCCGUCACCAUGGUAUGCGGGCGGGAGAUCCACGGCGCAUUCAGUUUGAUCGUGGACGAUGUCGACUCAUCCGGCGAGUCAAUUUCGAUGAGCGCUGGGGGUCAAAAUUUCGAAGGGUCAUCCUGCACGGGUAGCGGCGGCAGUUCGCAGGAGACGUCCCGGUCCUACUCCCACCCCUCGUCGUCCACCCCCCUGGAGUGUCUGGUGGGACCGAGAGAGAGGAUAAAGCGGAUCCAGGUCGAGGCGGAGACGCGACGGGGUGAAUUCGCGAGGCUCUUGGAAGAGCACGCCCAGGUGGUACGAAAGCUGAAAAUGAUGGAGGCGGAGGAGCAGCUCAACGUGGGUGCCGCAUCCGCGACGACCUCAACGAUUGCCACCCCCGCGAGCGGGGCCAACGUAAUCGGGCCAACGCACGCGUGAUUAGCAGGAGGAUCAGGAUUAGGAUUGGUAACGCGCGAUGAUUAUCCCAGCGUAUCACUGAUACUUGGGCCGAGGAGCGGAGGGUGGAGGAGAAGAAUAGGAAGAGGGAUAACGAAUCGCAGGGAUCGCACGACCGCGGCAAUAGUCAACAAGAUCAUUGAGUACCUAAUAUUAUAUCUACUAUAUACCUAUUAUAGGAAUGCGUGCACGAGAAAAAAGGAUACAUGUAUCCCGAACUCUACCGGACACCCCCAUCCCUUGUAUGAGAAAGAAAGAAAACCUGAACAAAUAUGUAACACGUAGCGAAUCUAGCAGCCGUAUACCGAUCGAACUGGUUACACGAGGGCAGCUACUUCCUUAAAUAUUAGUAUCAUUGAUUUUACGUCGGUCCUAUUCGCCGACGACUUGAGGAGCUGAAUGAUUCAAACUCGUACCCGGGUAUAAAUAGUCAGAGGUCUUUGAUAAAGAGGGGAGGAUAUGUUGAAUGACAGCAGGGUCAGACGAAAUAUCUACUACCCCCUACGUCGCACAUCAAGGCGUCGACGUUACGUAUAAAUAUACCCAUUGUAUAAUCUGCGUACGAUUAUAAAACGUAUCCUGUAUGUCUAGUAUUAUUAUAACCGAGGAUGAGGUAUUAAUAUUAUCGAUAUCUACCGGUAUAGAAAUGAGGGGCAAAAUAUUUCUACUUCUUUCUUUGAGUAAAAGUUUUUAUAUUACGUAUAGGGACAACGAUGUCUGCAGCUUAUGCUUCGCACCUAAAUAAGUAAACUAUUAGAUAUACAUAUGGGUACAGUAGCCUGCAAAGAGACACCUGAGUAUAGGUAUACGUAAAUAAAUGAAUGAUGAAACACUAUUGUAAGAUUGUAUGAUAAAAAUAAAGAUACUUUUGGCAAUAAUUUUUUCAGAGAAUUCCAGAAAGACUGUGGAGCAAGAUAACAUAAUAAAACAGGAAUAAUAUUAUUAAUAAUAGUAGCGUUAAUAGAAUAAUUGUAAUUGUUCCAAAUAUUGUGACUCAGUGAUAAUUUUUAGCGAUGUACACCUUAUCAAUUUUGUAAUGAGAAAGACAAACGAUAUGUAAAAACAAAUAAACGAGGGAAAAUAAUAUUCACGAAUAGAUACUGACCAAGCAAAUUGCAAAUAAUGUAGUACACCUUUUACGAUAAGAAUGUAAAAUAUAUAUAUUUUAUUAUCGAAUUGUCAAAAACAUUCCUACGUUGUAUAUACGGUGUAUAUCACAGUA